AUGGCAAGCGCAAUUGGACGAACAAGAGCUCUCCAGCUCGCAAGCCGGGCCAGACAGUUCAGCUCCAGCUCACGGCGGUAUGCAGCUGAGGUGAAGAGCCUGGGUGUUAUUGGAGCCGGUCAGAUGGGCCUGGGUAUUGCUCUGGUAGCCGCACAGAGAGCUGGAGUCACAGUCACGCUGGUAGACACGUCACAGGCUGCUCUGGAUAAGGGGAUGGGAUUCGCAGAUAAACUCCUGGCCAAAGAUGUCUCCAAGUCACGGCUUACACAAGACCAGGCCGACGAGGCCCGGUCCAAGCUAUCACACACCAUAGCCAUGGAAGAUCUGGCCAAGGUGGACUUCGUCAUCGAGGCGGUGCCCGAGAUCCCCCAGCUGAAAUUCGACAUAUUCGCCAAACUCGCAGAGAUCUGCCCAGCGCACGCUAUCCUGGCAACCAACACGUCGUCCAUAUCGAUCACCAAGAUCGCGGCCGCGACGACGAAGGACCCGACAGACACGUCGGCAAGCUCCCGGGUAGUGUCGACGCACUUCAUGAACCCGGUGCCCGUGCAGAAAGGCGUGGAGAUCAUCAGCGGGCUGCAGACCAGUGCGGAGACCCUGGACACCGCCGUGGCAUUCUGCAAGGCCAUGGGUAAGGUCACCUCUGUGUCCGCCGACUCGCCGGGGUUCUUGGCCAACCGGAUCUUGAUGCCCUACAUCAACGAGGCCGUGAUAUGCUUGGAGACGGGCGUCGGAGACCGGGACUCCAUCGACUCCAUCAUGAAGAACGGCACGAAUGUGCCCAUGGGGCCCCUGCAACUUGCCGACUUCGUUGGCCUCGACACGUGUCUGGCGAUCAUGAAGGUCCUGCAUCAGGAGACGGGCGACUCCAAGUAUCGGCCCAGUGUCCUGUUAGCCAAGAUGGUUGAUGCCGGCUGGUUGGGGAAGAAGAGCGGGAAGGGAUUCUACGAUUAUUAG